AGAUUCGGCCGAAUUGAGGCUCGGGGUGUGUACUAUAGCCAAAAAUUUAAUUCGACCGGGUCCGGUUGUAACGCCUAUGAAGGGACGCAAAUGAAUGAGCUUAACAUGUGAAAACAGUGAAAUAUAUUCCAUCAGCGAUAGCACUUGUUUCGAAGAAGAAAUGAAAAUUAUAAAAUGUCGAAUUAUUCGCUAGUCAACAAAUUGACCUAGUAGCUAGUGUAGAUAGAAGUGGAGUGAACAUGUUGCGUGAAAAUGUAAUGCCGAACUCGUAUACUUACAUGAAAACUCUGAUUUUACUCCUUUUAUUCCUUACUCAAAUAAUGAUGGUAUUUCCCGAACAAGACGAAGACAUACCACAUAACGAAGUUAAAAAUUGGGCCUUACAAUUUGGAGUAGAUCUUUGGGAAUAUGGAAAGCUCAUGACACGAAUGAAAGAGCUUCAAAAGGAAUACCACGAUCUUGAGAUAAACGUCAUAAGAAAAGAUGGGCUCAUAUUGAUAAGAGAAAUGGCAAUGGAAGUUAAAAAUAUGAUGGAUUUCAAAAUGAGUGCAGUAAUGAGAAUAAUGGAUUCAGCCGAACAAGCAGCUCUUACUCCUCGCUCAGAUAAUGGUCAACCAUUUCGAUUUUAUAACGCUAAAAGACUGAACGCAUUCGGUGAUGAUGGCAAACCAGCCGAGGGUACCAGAGAAAUGAUACUCACCCCAAAUGCUCAUUUUGAUCAUCUUCCUGUUAAUACUAGUCUUAGUUCAAUACUUAUGCCUAACAGUAUUUCAGAUUCUGACCCUGAUGUUAUGAACGCAAUACAAUGGUCAGAAAAUUUAGAUCCUUUGUUUAUUAAUAAUUAUGAAGGGGAUCCUUCUUUAUCGUGGCAGUUUUUUGGAAGCUCCAGUGGUUUUUUACGAAGAUAUCCAGGAAUUGCUUGGCCUCCAGAUGAUACAAUUUCUAAUGUCUGGCAAAGGCCGAGAGGUGAUAGAAAUGUGUAUGAUUUUCGGUCAACUGCUUGGUAUGUGAACGCCGCAACUUCUCCUAAAGAUUUAGUUAUAUUAGUUGAUAAUUCUGGAUCUAUGACUGGACAUAGAGCUAAUUUGGCGAGAGCUACUGCAGAAGCUAUCUUAGAAACGUUAUCAGAUAACGAUUUUGUAAAUAUUUUCGCAUUUUCUGAUUCUACGCAAGAAACAGUACCUUGUUUUAAGGAUCAAUUAGCUCAGGCAAACAAUGAAAAUGUUAAGUAUUUAAAAGACUCUUUAACUGCGCUGAAACCAGAAAAUAUUGCCAAUUUUACUUCGGCUUUAAUAACUGCAUUUGAAAUUCUUCAAAAGUAUAAUCGAUCAGGUCAAGGGUGCCAAUGCAAUCAGGCAAUAAUGUUGAUCACAGACGGUCCUCCAUCAUAUUACAAAGAUAUUUUUAAGUUGUACAAUUUCCCCCAUAGUCCAGUGCGAGUAUUCACGUAUCUAAUCGGAAAAGAUUCCAGCAGUGCAAGUCAAAUGCAUUGGAUGGCAUGCGCACAUAAAGGGUACUAUACUCGAAUACAACAUUAUGAUGAAAUAAAAGAAAAAGUUUUGCAUUAUAUAGAAGUAAUGGCCAGACCAAUGGUUAUGUACCAAUAUGAUCACCCUAUAUAUUGGACACCUGCGUACGUUGGAGGCAGAGCUGACAGUUUUUCUGAUGACAAACGUGGACAACUUAUGACUACUGUGACAACUCCAGUAUUUGAUCGAAGGAAUCAUUCUGUGCGUGUCGCAAAUGUUUUAGGAGUAGUUGGUACAGACGUUUCCAUAGAUCAAAUUAAGAAAUUGGUUCCUUCAUACAAACUCGGAGUGAAUGGUUAUUCAUUUAUUGUUAAUAACAACGGUCACGUAUUAUAUCAUCCUGAUUUACGACCAUUGGAGAGUAAUGAUCUGUAUGAAGAUACAUUGGAACCUAAAUACGUAUCUGUCGAUUUGACAGAAGUGGAAUUAGUAGAAAAUGAAAACGGUCCUAGAGAAAAUCAUACCCUUCUUCUAGAUCUCAGACAUGAUAUGAUUAAUCAAAAAGAAGGAGAAAUUGAGAUCGGUAUUAAAGUCCAUUACGACAAUAUGAGACGAGUAACUACGAGGAGGAAUAAAUAUUUUUAUAAUCCCAUUGAGGGAACACCGUUUUCUUUAGGCCUUGCUAUUCCGGAAGGAUAUGGCAUGUAUGAACUUUUGGCCGAACAAGAGAUAAAGCAUAGUCAAAAGAAUGUGAGUGACUAUUUUAAGGGUGAUAACUGGCGAGUCCAUCCAGACUGGGUCUACUGCGAGUAUACUAGUGGUACUUCAGGAGAACAGUGGUUCAAAACUGCCGAAGAAAGAGUACUGCAUUUUCUUCUGAGAAGUCGUAGACCUGGUUGGAAAUGGAUGUCUUUACGACCCAGAUCACCCUUACAGAGAGAACAUCACCAUACAUCAACAAAACAAGACAAGGACGCUUACUAUUGUGACAAGACAUUAUUACAGUCUUUAGUCUUGGACGCAAUGGUAACUGAAGGUUUGGAAAAACAUCCAGUGCGUUCUGACAAACAUCAAGGAUACGAAAUAUUUGGAUCUACCUUGUCUUUCGUUGCAACUAGAAGUGGUUUAUUACGAUGGACCAAUUUAACAGACAUCAAAUCUAAUGAACCUCACUUCAGCGAGAACAACGUUCGAGCUAUGGACGAGACUUGGUAUAAAAGAGCUGUGGACCAGCAUUCAAUAGAACCUGAAAGUUUCGUUUUUUCUGUACCUUUUGAUAUUGGAUCAUAUGGAAAACCAUUAAUAACAGCAACACACGCUGUUUUCGUCGAGCAUAAUGGUCACAGAGCACCAGCGGCUGUAGUAGGAUUACAAUAUCAGCAUUCCACUCUAGCAUCUCACUUUUUUAAUAUAACUUCGAAAUGUACAGGCUCGAAUACUUGUAAAAAAACGUGCGCUAGUGAUAAAUUAGACUGUUACGUUUUGGAUAACAACGGAUUUGUAAUUAUUUCUGAAGAUACUGAAGAUACUGGUCGAUUCUUCGGCCAAAUAGAUGGAACAAUAAUGGAUUCUCUCGUUCAAGAUAGAAUUUACGUUAAAAUUCCAGUAUACGAUUAUCAAGGAGCUUGCUCCAAUAGUAAAUUUCACUUCAGUGGUAGCUCAAAUCAAAUUUCAAUAUUUAAACCUAUAAAGACUGCCCUCGCUAUUCUUCUACAAACAUUGCUUGUGCUGUUCUCAAAAAUUAGCACUGUGUACUCCACGGCUCUAGCUUAUAAUCGCGAGGAUACAGAUGACAUGGUGGAUAUUUAUUCCGACUACGAUAUCGAGCAGUAUCCAACUGAAGAAGACACACCAGACGAAUUAGAUCCAAUAUUUUCUCCUCCUUCUAAUACUUACUCUCCAUCCUUCAUACCACCAUACGAAUCUGAUCCAAUGGAAGGAGUAGAUAUGGGACAGUUCGGAGUUAGACCAUGUGAUCGUAAAGUAGACUUGUAUAUUUUACAACCAGAAAAGUUGAAUACUAGUGGCCAAAGCAAUCCUUUAAAAGGAAAGCUCACUAACUGUCAUAGUAGCGGCUGUGAAAGACCAUUUAGUGUACAAAAGAUACCACAUAGUAAUUUGAUUUUGCUGGUGGUAGAUACCGUAUGUUCAUGUGGUAGUAAACAAUUAAGUAUUAUACCUCAAGAGAUUAGUUAUGAAAAUAAAAAUGGAGGAUGUUUACAUAAGCCAAAAGAUAGUUUGUACAGGAAAAGACCACCAAAAUGUAUCAAUUAUCAUCCCGAGGAAACGGAGAUUCAUAUCUGCGGGAAGUCAUCGAUGAUAUCUUUUAACACUUUCGCAUUGUUGUUAGGUUUUGCAAAUUGCCUUGCCGCUUUUCUAUCGUGAUUGAAUCCACAUCAACUUUAGGUUUAUCACAAAUAAUGACUAUGGCGUUCUGAUAGCAUAACGCCAAGUAUAAUUUAUACUAGUUAUAAAUUUAUUACGUAAACUCAUUUGCGAAUAGGUUAAGUAGGUAACGUUUUUAUAUUGAUAAAGUCAAAUGGUAAUAGUUAAAUUUUUAAUAUAAUUUAUAAGAUAGAGAAGUAAUUUUUGAUGUACAUAUCAAAAGUUGUAGGCAGUGAUUUUUCGAAACGAUAUAUAUUUUUGAAAAAACACUUCAGGUUCCAAAUUUUUAAAAACUUCUUACUGUUAACUUCUUAUAAAUAUGUGAAAAGAAAAAGUGUUUCUGUACAAUUUUUAAUACUUUAUUUGGCAAUGCUUAACAAUACUCUUAUCGCCCUUAGAAAUGUCUAAUCAUGCUUCCUUUUCCAAUAAUUUUACCUUCUCAUUUGUUCAAAUGAUUCCAUGAUUUUACUCACAUUUUUCUACAAUGCAGUAUCUCUUUGCUUUUACGUUUUAAAUCCUUUUUAUAGUACCAGCUAAAACAACGAUACCUGUACAAAUUGAAUUUUUCGAGAAUUUGAUUACUAUACAAGACCGAAACCAAAAUUGACCGCGGAUGUUUGUGGAGGCUGAAAUUGUACUAGAAAAGGAGGAGCAAAGUUUCUUCUGCGGAAUCCAUGUUUCAAAUACUUUUAACAUAUUGUUUUAAUGUAUGAAAUCGCGUUGUAGUCGACUAUAAAAUUCAAUCAUAAAUCGGCCACAAAUAAAUCGUUGUUGAUUGGUCCAGCGGCAAAUCGCAGUGGUAUCGACCGCCAACCUGUCUUCAGAAUGAUUUUUUACAACCAGCUUUGAAGCUAGCCAACUUGAUGAAACUGGACUAGUUUGUUAUCAGAUAGUAAGCUUAAGCACGUGAUAGUAUCAAAACCAAUUGAAAGAUUUAUUUUUAAUUCACAUUUAUAUUGAGAAAGUCAAA